AGCAGAGGAGGAGGAGGAGGAAGAAGAGGAGGAGGAGGAGGAGAGGCAGAGCUGGGAGUGCCAUGCCCGGACUAUCACACUGUGGACUGGUUUGACUUGUCACGGAGGCUUUCGGGAAAACAAUGAGUGAACAGUAGGUGGUUAUUAUUAUUUUUUAAAUAAAGUAAAUAAAAUAAGAAAAGAAGACUGAGGUUCUGAACAACAGCGCAGGAUGAUGGCAGAGCGUCAAACGGACGCUGCGUUUGAAACGACCGGAUCCAAGUGGCUGCAGCCCGUCAGUGACCAGCUGGGCUUCCCCCUGGAUCAGGUGAACUUUUUGGCAUGUCAGCUGUUCGCCCUGGCAGCCGCCUUCUGGUUCCGUCUCUACCUCAGCCCUCGCCAUGCCAACCCCCUGGUCAGACACGCUGUGGCCACGCUCCUCGGCGUCGCCUUCCUCAUCUUCUGCUUCGGAUGGUACUCAACUCACAUCCUGACAGUGGUGGUUACAAGCUAUGUGAUUAUUGUUAAAGCCGAUAUCGACAGUGUGCACAGGUACUCCAUGGUGACGGCUAUGGGCUUCCUGACAGUGUGCCAAGUGAGCCGCGUCGUCAUAUUUAACUAUGGGAUACUGUCCACUGACUUCUCUGGGCCUCUGAUGAUAGUAACUCAGAAGAUCACCACACUGGCUUUCCAGCUCCAUGAUGGUACGUGUAAGAAAUCUGAACAGCUGACCCCGGAGCAGGAGCUUCAUGCGAUAAAAGUGAAGCCGUCUCUCAUCGAGUACCUGAGCUACAAUCUGAACUUCCUGAGCGUCCUGGUGGGGCCGUGCAGUAACUAUAAGGACUACAUAGACUUCAUCGAGGGACGACACGUCAGCCAGAGGCUCAGGCAGCACUCGGGGACGUGUAACGGACAGAACGGCUACGACAAGACGCCAAACCCAUCACCUCUGAACGCUGUGUGUCAGAAGCUGCUCGUCUGCUGUGGCUGCAUGCUGUUCUUCCUCACUGUGACUCGCUCGUUGCCCAUAACGUACAACGUGGACCCCCACUUUGUCAGCCACGCCCCCUUCCUCACCAGGCUCACCUACGCUUUCUUCUCCAUACAAGCAGCCAGGCCCAAGUUCUACUUCGCCUGGACACUGGCCGAUGCUGUGAACAACGCUGCAGGUUAUGGUUUCAUGGGGAUGGAUGAAAAUGGAAAGCCAUCAUGGGAUCUCAUCCGCAACCUCAACAUCAUGGGGAUCGAGACUGCAACCAGUUUCAAGACUUUCAUUGACAACUGGAAUAUUCAAACAGGAAUUUGGCUCAAAACUGUGUGUUACGACCGAGCCCCCAAGCACCGGUUGGCGUUGACGUUCAUCCUGUCUGCCCUGUGGCACGGCGUUUAUCCAGGCUAUUAUUUUACAUUCAUCACCGCCAUCCCCAUCACCAUGGCAGCACGAGCAAUAAGGAAGUCGGUUCGUCACAACUUCCUGUCGUCCACAGACUUGAAGCUGUUUUACGACAUCCUAACCUGGGUGGCCACUCAGCUCGCCAUCUGCUACACCGUCAUGCCUUUCUUACUUCUUGCAGUAGAGCCCACUUUGGUUUAUUACAGGUCUAUGUACUUCCACGUGCACAUCAUUAGCAUUCUGGCUGCGAUCGGCCUGCAUCAGAAACACAAAGCCAGGGACCCCUCUGCCACCACUAAAACACACUCAGCCCAGUGCCAGCCUGUUCACUCCAACAACAACGACAAAGUAGACUGAAACCCCCCGCCCCCCCCCCAGUCACGUUGUUUCAACAGGCGCUCAGUGCACGGUGUGAAUAUCCUCCAAGGGAAACCAUUUCUGAGACACCAUACAGGAUUUGAACCUUUGGCACUGGAUGAACACGGGAGGAGCUUUUCUGCCAUAUUAUAAGAUGAAGACAAUACAUGAGACAAGCUCAGUGGAAAGACUGGAAAGAAAACUUGCUGAAGGAAUAUCUCUGGUGCUACCACCAGGAAAAGAACUGACCUCCCUCAACUCCCCCACCCUCUGUCCCCUCCAUGCCCAUCUCGACACCGGGCCGCCCGCUCCGACAACAAUGUCACAGUGUGAAGAGAGAGAGGAGACUCGCUCUCCUCCCCUGUCCUCUAUCACCACCGUCCUGCCCACUGGUGGGACGUCAGCCAGCGCAGUGGGAGAGCAGCUCAUGAAGAGGGCACGAAUAUCACGACGCACACACAAAAACACUAACUCAUGCAUAGACAGGCACUAGGAAACAAAUUUGCACAUAUUUUCUCUUAGACACGCUUGCACUCGGUCACACUCUGCUGGAGCACAAAGGCCGCCCUUGUGAGGCUGCAACAAAGAAGCAUGCCAUAGGGGGAGAGAGAGAGCCUGUGUACCCGUUGCACCCACUAUGCCCAGAGUGUGUGUCUGUGUGUGUCUCUGUGUCUGUGUGUGUGUGUGUAUGUGUGUGUUGGCCUUGCCAUAUAAAAGUGUGGACUGUGUCGUUAUUCCUCCCACUGGGUAGAGAGUCACUUGAAAUACAUAUUAGCCCAUGCAGCUCUCAAACGAUCCUUUGAAACCACUACUAUAAAAGUGUUUUUAAGACGAGAUGACAGCUCCUCCUGGUGAGGAGACUCGACCUUUCUCUAAACACUUUGUUUUAGUUUCAAUGGAUCAUGCUACAGCCGUGAAAAGGCAAAGGAAAGGUUAAAAAUAUGUAAAACAUCAAAUAAGUUAAGCGACAAGCUUUAGCUCAUGUCAGUUUGCAUCUCACGCCAAUAUUCUGAUAUUUAUACGAUUAGGAAAAUGGUCUGAAUAAGACACUGCCAUGUAAAUAGCAUUGAUGAGCUUAAACUGAGUAAGAUCAUACUCAGAAUAAACAAUGAUCAAGUUAAGACCUGGAGUAUUCUGACCUUUGUCACAUUUUGUAGACAUGUAUAUGUUUUAAUUGCCUAUAAACGUCCUAUUGGAGUUUUUACAGCCCUUUGCCACAUCGACAUGACCGUUAACAACUGCCUGACAACGACAACCGAUUUUGAGUGUAAACAAGUAGUAGGAUGACAUAUUGAGCCCUAAUCAGACUGUGCUCUGUAUCAUGUAGGAAUAGGAAUGGAAAAUAAUAAUUGCAAUAAUGUCUUAUUCAGAAUAAGGUCAAUAGUUGGAACUAGUAGUCAAUAGUAGUCACAGACACAUUGUAAUAUGAGCAUAGAGAAUAGAAAACAAAAGGCUUUUCCAAUAAUGUAAUCAUUCUACUUUACUCUAAGUGGUGUCCCUCUGUGCUGAAUCAGUGGGGAAUGUAAUAGUGACACAGUUCAUAAUGUGUUCGUACUUAUUAUUUAAACGGUGCCUGAAGCCUGUGAUAGUGAUGCAGAGUAAUUGAACAGAAAGCUGCGGCCGAACUGAGAGGAAAUACAUUAGAAGUUUCUCUUUUUUUUUUUGUGAAGUUGUCCACAUAAAGUGAAAAAUAUGACCAAAAAGUAGAAACUUCGAACUCAGAUGUGUUUCUUGUCAGUGGCAGCUUGGUGCUGUGUUCAUUCUCUGGUCUGUUACUGAGAAAGAACACAUUAAGAAAACUGUCGAUUACCCGGAGCUGGGCCGCAGCCGCAGGUUGAGACGCCUGCUGCCUGUGUGAACUGUGUGAACUCUGCUGAAUGAAGGUAAUGAAGGUGAACCAUGUGGGACUGACUGAAACGGCCACACUGCAGCGUCUCCCAGUGCAGACUCACACCGACCAUGAGCUCAACACUAAUAGUACAGUUUCUCAACUAAAUUCAAAAUCCUGUCACUUCACCUGGGUUUGAGUUUUGCACAAUCACAAGACGGUGAACCGGACGUUGAUUUUUGUGAUUCGCAAAAACGACGCCUUCACGUUUGUUGUAUCAUUAAUUAUGAGUCUGGUUUUUUUUCGUUAUUGAGUCUCCAUUCACGAGAGGUUCGGGUGCACUGGGAGUUUUCACAAGCGACUGCACAGUGGCCUGGUUAUUGAUGGUGCUAUCUGCUGCAGGCUAGCAUGUAGGUUAGUUACAAUGCAUAUAGAAUUAUCUAUAGAGUUAACAAUUAUUAUUAAAUAUAUACCACAGGGGAAAUAUUCCAGAUUUUAGGGGGAAAACCAGUUUUGGUAGCUAUGUGCAAUUUAACCUCAUGUCAGUCUCCCUCAGCCAAUUAGACCAAAUCACUUUCUUCUUUUUUGUUAAUUAUUUUAAUAUUUAACUGCACAUUGGUCCCUCUCAAUCGAAGUUAAUGAAGUGUCAGUAGUGAACAGGGAUCUGUAGUCAUUUCAACGCCUGAAAUUAUUAACACCCAGAUGGAUCGAACACUGGCUGCACCUAAACUCCUCAAGAGGUGUGUGUGUUUGUGUGUGUGUGUUUGUGUUCCCAAGUAUGCCUUUGCCUAACUGCUACAGCUGCAACCUUUAUUGUUUUUGUUCUAGAUAACAUGUUCAUGUGUCUGCAUGUGUUUUAGUGCAGGGACAUUAGUAUAGAAAUAUAAUUUAUGAAUGUGUUAUCAGAAUGAGCAGCUAUUUCAAUGACUUAAUACUGAUUAUGAAGAUAUUUGUAUGUAUUUUACAUACGUGUGAUGAAUUGUACUGAAUGUGAGAGUCGGCACUGUGUGUGUGAUUUUUUUCUUAUUACCCCACUGUUCCAUUUUAGUAUUGUUCCUAUGGAGGAAAGAGUGAGUAGUAUAGAAAAACGAUGAGUAACAAAUAAAGCUGAAAUGAAUCAGA